ACAGUAUUUUGUGCUCCAAUUAGAACACCACGUUGCCAAGAAGUUUAAUUUUGUUCAAGUUUCUGUAGCUCUAUUAUAGUCUCUAUGAGGGAUGCAUAUCUUGGACCUACCCGCUGAGAUAUUGUCCGCCAUUCUCUCCUGGGUCCCAUGCAAUGACCUGGUGCUGAGUGUCCCCCUAGUUUGCAAGUACUUCAGAGACCUCCUCAUAACGGAAUGGUAUUGGAGGAGACGGUUUGUGGGGCUCACUGCAGCACAGCCAUUGAAAGUGUACAAAGACCUGGUCCUCCAGCAAUGGCAAGCAGCCUGUCUGAGAUAUGAAGAUGUAACAGCUGAACAGAAGACCAUCACAUUGAGUGGCCCUAUAGGUGGUGUGGACUGUGUGCACAUACUACACCCCUCCUCGUACGGGACAGGGGCUGUCAUAGUGGCCGGAUCACGUGAUUCAUUGGUCUACAUCUGGCGACGUCGCAGCUCUCCACGAGACAUGCGGUCCUUCACUAGCCAGAAACUGUCAGGACACAAGGGAUGGGUGUGGUGUCUGGCAUCUGAGCCAGGGAGGGAGAGUGCUCUACUGUGCUCUGGGUCCUGGGAUCAUACCAUCAAUAUCUGGGACAUCGCUGUAGGUCAGAACAUUGCCUCUAUCAAGAAGGAACACAAGUCAGUGGUACUGUCACUGACCAUGCCUCAACCUAACCAGCUGGUGAGCACCUGUCAAGAUAAACGAGUGAGGGAGAUUGAUCUGAGACAACCAAUUGGAGUUACCAUCUGUCACACUGAGCACACUCAAUCUGUGCUCUCAGUAGCCGCUAAUGAGAGGUUCAUCUACUCUGGCAGUGAGGACAAGUCGGUGUGUGUGUGGGACAGGAGAGCUCAUAAACUACUGCAGAGAAUAAAGUUGAAGAAGUUUAUUCCAUCGCUGUGUUUGGACUCUGACCUCCUCACACUGGCUAGUGGUCAAGGGGUUAAUGUGUACGAUGCUAGGAACGGCACUCUGGACUUAAUCAGUUCAUUUGUUCCUGAGCACAGCUUGCCAUUGACCUCUGUACUCCACACUCUGGGUACAGUAGCCACGGCCUCUAAAGAUGGUACAGUGAGACUACACAGUAUGGCCGAGGGACACAGGGCAAUAGCCACCCUCAAUAACCAUCGCAGUGAUGUAACUAGUUUAGACUUCAGCAAGAGAACACUAGCCAUAGCUUCAGCAGAUACAACUGUCUCAUUGUGUUCUCCAAAACUCUUAUAACCUGUUUGUAUUAUGUGGGUGAGGGUGAAAAUGUCAUUCUGCAUGCAAUAGUAAAACAAUUUGUUC